GAACAAAAAAAAAAAACUGAAUCGGCCUGGUGGAAUUCUGUUUCUCCCUUUUUGUUGGGUUACUUCUUACCUGGAAUGGAGCAGCAACAUCAUCAUAUUAUACCUAAAUGAAGAUUGGUUAUUUUUCUACCAUGCUAAAAACGAUCGAAGGAUUUCUUCCCAUGGAGAAGUGCUCAAAAGCAACAGAUAUCCGGAGCAAGGCUUGGAUUUGGAUAUGAAAGGCCGAAACUCUUAAAAACCCCGUUGAAGGCUCUCCAUUUUUCUGUUCAGUGAACAUUCUCACAUGGCGAUUAUGUUUCUGGGGACCAUUGCCCAUUGCUUCUCUGUUUAUGGACCAUUUGGUAGCAUCACCUACCUUCUGCACGCGCCUUUUGCAUGGAUAUGUCUACUGUGCUUGAGAAACAGCAAGCAAGGCUCAAAUGGCUGCAGCACAGCUGUAUGAUGACGAACCCAAACGACUAUUCUCUGCAAUCUGAUUCUAUGCCUCACUUACAUGGUUUCUUUGAUAAUGGAGAUAACGUUCAUUUGGAAAGACAGCCUGAAACGUUUCUGGGUAGUAGUGAUUUUUCAAUAGGUGGCUCAGGGCUUGUUGCUAAUGAUAAGAUGGGUCUUGUGCGAACAGAUGUGGCAGCGCAUUCUACUGAGAUUUAUUACUGUCUCUCAAGGACUUCUAGUUGCCAAGUUGGUAUUGAACUUGGAGAGGCAGCAAGGAUGGAGGAAGAUGUAGCCUUGAUGGAGGGGACGCAAUCUGACAAUCAAAGAGAUAGUUCAAAUAAGAGAAAAGCAGAGUAUUUUGCAGCAGAAGAAUUUAAAGGACAAGUGGAAGUGCAGUCCAAAGUGAAGGAGAAAACCAGUACAGAAAUUUCAGCAGAUUCUUGUAAGAAAAACCACAAGACUUCAGAAGUUCGAAAGCCAGAUUACAUUCAUGUACGGGCGCGUCGUGGCCAGGCAACCGACAGUCACAGCUUAGCAGAAAGAGCCAGGAGGGAAAAAAUAAGUAAGAAAAUGAAAUGUUUGCAAGAACUGGUUCCCGGGUGCAACAAAAUUACAGGCAGGGCUGGGUUGCUUGAUGAAAUCAUCAAUUAUAUUCAAUCUCUUCAAAGACAAGUUGAGUUCUUAUCAAUGAAACUUGCAGCUUUUGCUCCAAGGCAAGAACUGAAUGCUGACAACUUCUCUGGAAAAGAGUACCUCGCAAGUUUUCCGACAGCCACAAUAUCACCAGGAGUUAUCAAUAUGUCACAGCCUGAACAUAAUUUAGUACAAGAAGAAGCAGGAGCAAAUAAUCCUACAGAAGCUGCGCCUGAAAGAACUGCAAGCUCCUCAGGAUUCAUCCAUGAACUAUGCCUCGACUCAUCUUGCUUCUCUGUAAUUUCUCCUGCACCCACCGGACUCUGCCAUUUUACUGCUCUUUUUUUCUUUUUUCAAAUUUCGUUUACUUCUUUUUGAGCUUUAUAUCUCGCUAUUGAUUCUAAAAGUUGUCAAAAUUGCAUUGCAGCAAGUUCAACCUUUCUGGAAACCCGACUCCCAAGACCUGCAUAAUAUGGGAUUUCACAAAGGUUGAUCAACUGCUUUUCUUCUCCAGCAUUUUACAGCUACCCUGUCAUUGAUUAUAUAUAUAUGGAGAAAAUACAUAUUUACUUCGGAUAUGUUAAAUCAAAGUGAAAAAUCGAUAAAAUUAAAAGAUAAUUUUUGUAUUUUUUCUUAUAUAUAAUUCAGAUAUCUCAUCAUGUUUAGGAGUGAAAUGUAUUUAGAACUCAACUAGCUAAAAGAGCUCAAGGCUCGAAAUUCAUUUCCAAUUCCCAGCUCAAUCAAGCUGUAUUUUUUUCUACAAA